GAUGAAUAUUCGGGGUCAGGGUCAGGGUCCGCCUCCGGUUCCGGCAGCGGCGGCAGGGAUGAUGGAUGGGAUUGGGGUUCCGGUUGCUCCGAAUCCGAUAAACAGGAAGAAGGGGACCGGGGUGAGGGCGUGGCUGCUUCUCGAUUCCAGUGGUCAGAAGCAGGUUGUGGAGGCCGGCAAGCACGCCAUCAUGCGGCGCACAGGUCUCCCCGCCCGCGACCUCCGUAUCCUCGACCCCCUCCUGUCCUACCCCUCGACCGUGCUAGGCCGUGAGAGGGCCAUCGUGAUCAACCUCGAGCACAUCAAGGCCAUCAUCACCGCCCACGAGGUCCUCCUCCUCAACUCCCGCGACCCCUCCGUGACCCCUUUCGUGGAGGAGCUCCACUCGAGGAUCCUCCGGCACCACCAAGUCCAGGGAGCUGCUGCGGCAGCUGCGGCUUCGGAUGAUUUCAAGCUGAGCAAAGUGUACGACUCGGAAGAAGGGCAAUCAAGAGAGGGACAGGAUGAAGAUGAAGAUCUCGAUCCCGUUGGGGAGCAAGUGAAAGCCCAAUCGAAGCAGAAUGGUAUUCAGAACGGUGAUGGCAUGAAGAUCCUGCCGUUCGAGUUUGUGGCACUGGAGGCCUGCCUGGAGGCUGCGUGCAGUGUGUUAGAGAACGAGGCAAAAACCCUGGAACAGGAGGCCCACCCUGCCUUGGACAAGCUCACUUCCAAGAUCAGUACUCUCAAUUUGGAACGGGUUCGUCAAAUUAAGAGCCGACUUGUUGCCAUCACUGGUCGCGUUCAGAAGGUAAGGGAUGAGUUAGAACACUUGCUCGAUGACGACGACGAUAUGGCUGAGAUGUAUCUCACCGACAAGUUACAACAGCUCCACAGUUCUUCUGCCUCCUCUAUAAAUGAUGAUGAUGUUGACAAUGACCACCAUAAUCAGCUUGAUGUCGAUGACAGCAUUCCUCCUGAAAUAUCACUGGAAGAGGGUGGAGCUGCUGCAAGCGAUGACGAUAAUCAACAUGAUGAUGACAGGUUAUUAGUGGGAGUUAGCAGGGACAGCCGUGCUAGCACUACCUACAGUACCACAACUAAGCAUCUUGAUGUGGAGGAGCUUGAGAUGCUCUUGGAAGCAUAUUUUGUGCAAAUCGAUGGCACACUCAACAAGCUCUCUACUCUAAGGGAAUACGUGGACGACACAGAGGACUACAUCAACAUAAUGCUGGAUGACAAACAGAAUCAUCUGCUCCAAAUGGGAGUCAUGUUAACCACAGCAACUCUGGUAGUGAGUGCCUUUGUCGUUGUCGCUGGUAUUUUCGGCAUGAACAUUCAUAUUGAGCUAUUUGAUUCAAAUAUUACCGGGAAUGGAGAGUUCUUCUGGACUGUUGGGGGCAGUGCUGCUGGAACCAUUUUCUUGUAUGUGGUUGCCAUUGCCUGGUGCAAGUACAAACGCUUGCUCGAGUAGCUGCACGCCCUGUUUAUGUGCACACAUAGAAGAAAUGUUAUGCAAUACAAAAAUCACUCCUUUUUUAUCCACCUGAAAUUCUAAUAAUACAGUGCAACAUUGUUACAUUACCACAUUACCUGCUGCUACUUCUAUUUGUGAUCUUCAACUAUUUUAUUCGUUUUGCGCAAUAUUCUGUGGAAAUAUUAUACUAGAUCGAAAGAAAGGUCAUUAGGGUAGAAACAUGCCAGUUAUUUGGGAUCUGUACAUAGACUUAUUCAUUUUCAUUGUGAAAUAAAUUGAGAAACGCUUGAGAAAGAACAA